AAUUUUUGAGAGUGAAAAUCAAAACCCACAAACGCAAAAGAUCUGUACUUUUAUCAAUGGAAAAAAAUCAUAAAUUUUUUAUAUACCCUUUUUGAUUUUGGCAAAGCAUCAUAUCAAUCAAACGGAUCUUGGCCGUUUGAUUUUGUAGCAACGAACUCUUCCCACAUCAUAAGCACACGUGCUCUGCCCAUCUUUUCAAUCUCUAGCUCUCAUAUAUUGCUUCCAUGCAUGGAAUUCUCCUCCUAGUAAACACACAACAAACAGGAAAUGUGUAGAUAUAGAGAGAGAAAGAGAUGAUUCGUAUGUAUGUGUUAUAUGAGGAGAGAGAUAUAGGGAAGAAAGAGUCUUUUGGUUUCUGUUUUCAUUCUUUAUCUUGAUAGGCUGUGGCUAGUUCAAGGCCAUCAUUAGCGACCCAUCUGUUCUAAAGUUUGAUUCUUUCCAAAUUAAUUUCUUUUUCACAAUCUUGGAAAAAUUAACAUACGGGGCGGAGUUGUCAUUUUUGUGCCUUUCCUUUUCCUUGUUGUGAACGAUUGAUUACAUGGAUGUGGAAUUCAAGAGUGUUGUUUUUCCUUUAGUUUUGUGGGUCUGAUCUUUCACUUGCCCCAAAACUAUCACAUCUGACCAGUUCGAUGAUCCUGUUCCUGUAGACCUUGUGAUCUGUGCCCCAGGCCCACAUUCCAGAUUUGAGCUUUUUCAAGUUCAUUCUUGUACUUUAAUGUAAUUUUUCUGAUCUGGGCUUCAAUGUUUUUGGGUGUAUCCGCUUGUUGAACUGUUUGGGUGGUGGUAGAUCAAGAAAAGCUGCAUUGUUUCAGAGUUUCAAGUUCAGUAAGUUGGUUUGCUGAUUUUCAUUUGAAGUAAUUGGGUGAUUUUUUUCUUGCUCUGUUGGUUUGAAGAAUCACUUGUCAAAUGAUGGAGGAGGGGCAAGAAUCAAGGUUUGUUUGCAAGUUGUGCUACAAGAGGUACCCAUGUGGGAAGUCACUAGGGGGUCACAUGAGGUCUCAUGUAGUUGCAAAUUCAGCUGAAUCUGAGGAGAAAUUUGAGGUUAACAUGAGAAAGUUUUCAUCUUUUGGUGAUCCUGGACAGUCUCAGAGUAUCAUGAAAGAGUCAAAACUUGGUGAAUUUGGAAAUGGGCAAUCUAGUUAUGGACUGAGAGAGAAUCCCAAGAAGACAUGGAGGGUUGUGGAUUCAAGGCUGCCCUUGCCACAGGAGAGAGUUUGCAAGCAAUGUGGAAAAGGGUUUCAGUCACUUAAAGCUUUGUGUGGUCAUAUGGCUUGUCACUCUGAGAAGGAUAGGGGUUUGAAGGAUGAUCAUUCUUGGACUAGUGAGAGUCAGAAAGUGGUUCUUGAUAGUCAUUCAGAUACAGAAGCUGAGGAGAGGAGGCUGAGAACCAGAUCAUCAAAGAGUAAGAGGUACAAGAAAAUUGUUGACAAGUCUCCUUGUUUCUCUUUAGCUAAUAAUGGUUCUUCAUCUGUUUCUGAGAUUGAUGGACAAGAACAAGAGGAAAUAGCUAUGUGUUUAAUGUUGUUAUCAAGGGAUUCUGGGAACAAGGGCGGUGUUAAUUCAGUUGUAGAGUCUUCGGACAAUAAUUCGGUUGUCCUGGAGACUAAAUCUUCUUCGAUUGAAAUGAGAACUGGUAAAAAGGAAAGCUUAGACUGCAUACAUAACCUUGACGAGGUGAUCCCUGCCGCAACAAAAUUUGGGAAUAAGAAGUUGAAAGAUAGUACUAUAGAUGCAGAAAUUGCUCAAAUGGAGAAUUCUGAUUCCGGGUAUUUCUUAGAUGAAUGUGCUAAGGCUGAGUCCGAUGUGUCGGUUGAUGGGUUCAGAAGGUAUGGUGGUUUCAGUGAAUGCAAGAAGCCCGCCAUGAGUGUUGAAGAGAGAGAUGAGGAGUAUGGUGCUGGAUUCAGGAAGAGCUUGAAAGUAAUCAAGACUGAACUAAGCAAAUCGAGUAAGGAGAAUGAGUAUGAUGAUGAUGGUAUGGCUUCAAACUUUGCUGGGAUAGAAUCAAGAAAGAGAAAGUAUAGUUCUCAAAAUCCCGAACCAUGGAAUGAAUCUGCAAAGAUAAUGAAAAAGAGUACGCCAAAUGCUGAAUUGUGCAAUAAUUCUCCAAAGAGAAGUAAAUAUGAAUGCUUCAACUGCAAAAAGACCUUCAAGUCUUAUCAGGCUCUUGGAGGCCACAGGCCGUGCCACAAACGAACUAACACAUUUUAUGAAUCUAGAUAUGAGAGUGGGGAGAACAGCUUAGAUGAUUCUACUGAUUACAGAACUACUAACAAGAUUGUCGAGUCCUCCACCAACAGAAAAUCAAGUUCCAAGAAUUCAUCUCGUUAUGCUGAGAAAAUGCCUAAGCCUAAGAAGAACAAAGGGCAUGUGUGCCCAUUCUGCAACAGGGUUUUCAAGAAUGGCCAGGCCUUAGGCGGCCAUAAGAGAUCACAUUUUAUUGGUGGUCAUGAUGAAAACAACAACCGAAUUGCAGUAGCUAAGCCUGAGGCUCCUGAUUUACUAGAUCUUAAUCUUCCUGCCCCUGAGGAAGGUGAGGAUAACGAGCGUACCCAGUUCUUUCCAUGGUAGGUCCAAGAUAAACAGAGGUAUAAAUUGCUGCUUAGUGAUUUCACAAGUAUAAAGGACAGUGCUGCAAAUUCCGGGAAGAUGCUAGAGUCUGUGAUUCGAAAAAUGGAGGACAGCAGACUUCAUAAUGCUUUUCCUUGCUUCUAUCAAAGAUGGUACUACACUGCAGUUUUUCUGCUCAUGUUA